GUAGACAGUGACCGGAGAGAUCUGGGCAUGAGCAGCAGAGAUGUUGAUGCUGAGAAGAUUGCUCGUUUCGUUCGGAUGAAUGAGCUCCGCCUGGUGACAGAGUACAACCCUGUGACAGCAGUAGGUGUGAUGCAGAGUUCGCUCCAGUUUAACCUCCUCCUGCUCACAGACAAGAUGUCCCCAGAGCACCCCAGGCGGAUGCACAGGUACCGGGCAGCCGCAGAGCUCUUCAAGGGGAAGAUUCUCUUUCUCCUGGUAGACAUCAAUUUGAAGAGCAAUGAACGAGUAGUGUCAUACUUCAAACUGAAGAGGUCCCAGCUGCCAGCUCUAGCCAUAUUCCAUGUGCCAGAUGACGAGCAUGAUGUGUUGACUCUGGAUGAAGUCUCCAUUGAGCGUGUACAAGACUUCUGUAAUCGUUUCUUACAAAAAAUGCAGAAGAAAGAAGAUGAACCUGUGGAGAAGUCUUUCAAUGAGGAACUCUGA